AUGGCGGCUCCCAGCGGCCGCCGGCCGCAGCCCGCGGGGCCGGGCGGGGGCAGCGGCGCCGGGCACGGGGCUCUGCCGCGAGCAGAGGAGGAUGCCGAGGGUCUCUACGUGGCGGUGGAGCGGUGCCCGCUUUGCAACACCACGCGCCGCCGCCUCACCUGCGCCAAGUGCGUGCAGAGCGGCGACUUCGUCUUCUUCGACGGGCGCGACUCCGAGAGGUUUUCAGAAAAGAAAGAAAGGCUGAUGCAUCUUAAAACCAAACAGAGAGAAUUCCAAAAACAUGUUUUGAAGGCCAUGGAAGGGAAAGAAAUAACUGAUCAGCUGAGAUGGAAAAUAAUGUCUUGCAAGAUGAGGAUUGAGCAGCUGAAACAGACCAUUUGCAAAGAAAAUGAUGAAAUGACAAGACACACAGAGGGGCUGCUGAGGAUUAAAGAGGAGAACCAGAAGCAUUAUCGCAGGGCUCAGAGGCACCAGGAGAAGAAGGAGAAGAUCCAGAGGCACAACAGGAAGCUGGGAGAGCUGGUGGAGAAGAAAACCUACGAGCUGAAAACGCAGUACGAGCACCUGGCAAACCUGCGGCGCACGCACAUCCUGGAGCUCACCUCGGUCAUCUUCCCCAUGGAAGAGGUGAAGACAAGCAUGAGGGACCCUGCAGACGUGUCCUCAGAGAGUGACAAUGCCAUGACCUCCAGCACUGUGAGCAAGCUGGCAGAAGCACGGAGAACCACGUACCUGUCCGGGAGGUGGGUGUGUGAUGACCACAACGGGGACACCAGCAUCAGCAUCACGGGGCCCUGGAUCAUCCUCCCCAACAACGGGGACUACUCUGCUUACUACAACUGGGUGGAGGAGAAGAAGACUACACAGGGACCUGAUAUGGAACAUAAUAACCCUGCUCAUACCAUCAGUGCUGCACUGUGCUAUGCAACUCAGCUCGUUAACACUUUGUCUCUCAUACUUGAUGUGAAUCUUCCCAAGAAGCUCUGCAACAGUGAAUUCUGUGGAGAGAAUCUCAGCAGACACAGGUUCACACGGGCAGUGAAGAAGCUGAAUGCUAAUAUACUUCACCUCUGCUUCUCUCAGCAUGUAAAUUUAGAUCUGUUGCACCCCCUGCAUACCCUCAGGAACCUCAUGUACCUGGUCAGCCCAGACACUGAGAACUUGGGCAGGUCUGGCCCCUUUGAAAUCAGCGCUGACCUGGAGGACUCCAUGGAGUUCGUGGAGCCCAGCGCGGCGGGCGAGACGGACGAGAGCGGCGACGAGCACGUGAGUGACGAGGAGACGGACCUGGGCACGGACUGGGAGAACCUGCCCAGCCCCAGGUUCUGUGACAUCCCCUCGCAGCAGGUGGAGAUGCUGCAGAGCCAGAGCACCCAGAUGUCCCAGCCCAUCGCCAGCAGCAGCGCGGGCGGGAUGAUCUCGUCCGCCGCCGCCUCCGUCACCUCGUGGCUCAAAGCCUACACCGGGCACCGCUAGCGGCACACGGGGGCUGGAACCUGUGCCAGGAACCCCUCCCCAGCUGUGCUGUAGUCAGCCUUUACCUAUUCAGUUAAGUAGUGCCUGGAACAAAGGAAAGGUCAGACUUGUGUUUUGUAAACCGGAGAAAACCUUUUUAUUUACCCAAGAUGACUGUGACAGCCCCGUUUUGUAAAUUAGCUCCGUGCUCCUGCUGGAUUCCGAGAGGGCGCUUUGUGUCUUGGUUCUGCCUGCAUCGAGGAUUGUAAAAGGACCCAGCAACCUCCAGCUCUACUUUCUGAAGAAGAUGCAGAUUUUGGAGUGUUUGGAUCGGGGUGAGCGCAGGGAAGGCUGCUCAGGGCGCGCUCUGGACAGUGGUGCAAAUGCAGUUCCCACUUUCUUAACUCCUUACAGGGUUUUCCUUUGUGUGUGUGUGUGUGUGUGUUUUAAAUUGUCUUGCAUAAUGCAAAAAUACGUAUUUCUAAAUUUUUUUCAUUCAGGACAUGAAAAUUAUGCAUUUUUAACAUGUUUUCUAAUCUCUGUUGCCAUAUUUUUAAUACAAAUUAUCAGCACGGACAGGGAAUUCACACAGCAAA